UGUACAAAUGGACAAUGACAUGCAUACAUAUUUGCACUACGAUCAGUGUUUUAAGUGAAAGUAAUAUUUAGCAUGUUAGAAGAAGCUCAAUGUAGAACUGAUAUUAUUUUGUAUGAUUUAAAAAAAUAAAUAAAAAUACCGUCGGGUUAUUAGGCUUACCCCAACUCAGUGUCUAAACAAAUCUUUCAAGAAGAAAUUCUUAUUUUUUUUCAAUCAUAUCAUUAAAAUGCUGGAUAAUUUAGAAAUUUAAGUACGUAACUAAUAUCGAUUAUGAAAGCGGAACCUGUAAUGAUCUCACUGUUGCCGUGAUGUCACUUACCGGAUGAAUCGGCGCCUGGAUUUGUUCAAAAAGUACCCGGAAGACCAAUGCAACGGAACUACUCUGUCCAUAAUAUUGUUUAUUGUGAGUGCUUACACGGCAUAAUGGCUUUGCAAAACACAUAGACAGCAGUGGGUCAAUAAUAGAUAGCAUUCCCCACGUCAAAGGUCGAAUUGCUGUUGCAAAAAUCGAGGUUUGCAAGCAAUACAUUGCCACAACAACGGUGCACAGAACACAGAAGGGUCCCCGCUGGGAAGUCGACAUGGGUAAUGGCAUGAACAAGGUGGUUGAUGGACUCUACUUGGGAAACAUAAGAGAUUCAGAAAACAGAGGGAGCCUGUCUCAGAAUGGCAUCACCCAUAUCCUAUCGGUGUACAACAAUGCCAAGCCUGUGUUGGAGGAUAAGACCUACCUAUGUAUAAAUGCAGCUGAUGCAUCCAGCCAGAACCUGUCACAGUAUUUUAAAGAGUGCAUCGCCUUCAUCCAUGAGUGUCGGCUAAAAGGGGGCUCUUGUCUGGUUCACUGCCUGGCAGGUGUGUCGCGCAGCACCACCGUAGUGGUCGCCUACCUGAUGACGGUCACACCCUAUGGCUGGGAGGAGUGCCUGACCGCCGUGAAAGCCGUCCGCCCCUUUGUGGGUCCAAACGCGGGCUUCCAGCAGCAGCUGCAGGAGUACCAGACGACCAGCGUCUCUGAGGUCAAGAUGUCGAACACGGGAGGACGAAGACUGAAGCAGUGGUUGAUUGAGCAGAUCAAGAGCGGACAGUACUCGGGGCUUGAGUGGGAGGAUGACAGCCUCACCAUGUUCCGCAUCCCAUGGAAGCAUGCUGGGAAGCAGGAUUAUAACCAAGAGGUCGAUGCUUCCAUCUUCAAGGCCUGGGCUGUGUUUAAGGGCAAGUUUAAAGAGGGGGAGAAGGCUGAGCCUGCUACUUGGAAAACUAGGCUCCGCUGUGCCCUGAACAAGAGCCCAGACUUUGAGGAGGUGACGGACAGGUCACAACUGGACAUCUCAGAGCCCUACAAGGUCUACCGCAUUGUCCCUGAAGAGGAACAGAAGCUCGGUAAAACCACAGCGAUGGUCACGACAGCUGGCGACAUCGCUGACUUAGACUGCAGCUCUGCAGAGCUAGAGGAGUUGAUCAAAGUGGCCUCCACUGAUGACUACCCCUCAGCCAUCAAGAGAAGCUACUCUCCCCAGGAGGAUGGCUUUAACGUCCAAGCCAGCCCUGAGUACUGGUCACAUGGCAGCAUACCCGUCUUUCCGUUGCACCACACUCCCUUACCUGCCAGGUUCAGCUCAGUGUUCUCCCAGAUGAUGAUCUCCUUCUACUACGGGGGCCAACUGAUGCACAGCACGGUGACCUCCCACCCCGAGGGCUGCCGCAUCUCCCCGGUGCAGCCCCAGCAGCGCGCCGUCGCCCGCGGCUACAGCUCCGACACCAUGCAGAGCGUGCACUUCCCGCCGGCCGACCUCAUCGACAACGAGCGCCAGCGGCAGGUCACCUGCAAGCUGCUGGGCCACCUGGAGAGGGGCGUUCUGGUGCGGGCCAACCGCGAGGGCGUCUUCAUCAAGAGGCUCUGCCAGAGCCGGGUGUUCUGGAGUGGCCACGGGGAGCACGGCCAACACCACGGCCCCGUGACCUGCAAGCUGGAGAGGGACGCCGUGGUGAAGAUCUUCGACACGGGCCGCUUCCUGCACGCUCUUCAACUGCACCAGGAAGGCCAGAUCCCCGCACCUGACCCCACGGUGACGCUCUGUUUCGGGGAGGAACUACAUGACCUCAGCAACGCCAAGAACAAACUCAUCCUGGUCCAGAUCACCGCCAUGAACUGUCAGCAGCUUCUUGAGGCUGUGAACAUGCGGGCUGUCCAGUCUUACAACCACAGCCCUUCUGUAGAGAUGUCAGACGAGAUGGCCAGUGACCAGAUGGCACGCAUCUACCAGGACCUGUGCAGCUACAGCGCCCCCCAGAGGACAGACUGUUACAGGGACAACAUGACCAUUACCGCAUGAGCUCCGGGCUUUAAGCUCAUGAACACACUGUCUCAACAGACCCCGGUACAUUAUUGCUACUACGGUGGUUGUGGAUAUACAUUGUUCCCAUCGUAGAAGGUACUGCUCUUUCCCCCGAACUCAUUGUAAUUAUGAUUUCAUGAGGAAUUUGUUCUCUAAGUCUGAAUGCGUUUCUCUCAUCUCAUCUUUGUUUUGUACUGUGUUCGUGAAACGCAUGUCAAAUUGACAUUUUACUGUAAAGAGGGAGGUAAUUGACUAUGGUCAGAAUCACAUACACUUUAUAUUUUUAUAUGUUUGAGUGUAGUAAAUGUUUGUAAAAGUUGUUUAUUAAUCUGCAAUGAAACCACUACAGAUAGGUUUUACUAUCUGUAUUGGCUACUGGCGAUUACUUUCUCCUUAUUCCUGUUAUGUAGCUUUCAUAAACUUCAGAACUUCUUAAUAAAUUCUUUACAAAACUUC